AGUAAAUAAUCGUAAAAAAACUGACACAAUGCCAUAUGGCAUGACAUAUCCUCGAUUUAUUCCAUUUGCUACAGCAGCUUUCUUAUCAAUGCUAAUGGGUGCACAAUGGGUUCACCAAAAAUAUAAACCUCUUGAAGAUUUAGAUGAACUUAUAGAAACGGAAUAUAAAAGAAGACUAGCAGAAAUGGAGCAUAAAUGAUACAGUAUUAAAAUUCUGUAUAGUAUUGUACAUGUAAAUAAUAUUAAAUCAUAAAUAAUGAAUAA